ACUUGGACGACGGUAGGAUGGCGGACCCGGCGAUGGCGUUCCACGAGCACAUCGCUGCCUUCUACAUGGCGCUCGCGGAAGAGAAGCUUGAUGGCCUCGUGGAUGCGCUGCAAGGCCUGCGCGAAGCUGCCAAGGCGGCGGCGGCGUCGCCGGAGAGCGCGCUCCUGGAAGAGGCACGUCGAUAUCGAACGCACCAUGCGGCCACUCAUCGCCAUCAAAAGGCCAUCACGAAGGGCCCGGCCGCGGUCCAGCAGUUUGGUGACUUUGUGUUGCCCAAGACGGGCGCGCUCAACAAGCGUCGGCCUGUCGCGUCCGAGGACCUCGCCGGCCAGCUCAAGGACCUCGAGGACGAUCUCUUGUGCGUGCUCAAUGCGUUUUACACGGCGCAGACGCUCGACAGCACCGACGCGUCGCUGCGGCGGCUGCGCGACUACAUGGCGGCCGAUGCGAGUCAACGCGGCGGUCUCCGCCUCGACCAGUUCAAGCGGCUCAAACUCUCGGCCAAGCUCAACGCCGACGGCUACAUCGACCGCCACAUCCACCUCGAGGCGCUCACGGGGCUCUUCCAGGACGCAUCGCAUCUGCUGCAGUACAUUGAGCAGACCGUGUGGCCGCACCAAGUCGCCGAGACCUUUGCGCCCUUGCACAAGACGAUCCUCGACAUCGUCCUCGACGUGCUCGCCAUGUACGGCAACGACGCGCGCCUCCUCGCAUGGGAGCGCAAGAUUGGCAUGAACACGGGAACAGUCGAGGCCGACGAGAGCCUCCAGAUGAUCGAUCUGCUUUUGGACGAACUCGCAACGAUCCUCCAGUGGGGCUUCCAGUACUCGGCGGCUGUCGUCGACGUGGCGUCCCAUCCCGGUCUCUCGACCAAAAUCCAUGAGCUCAACGGCGUCUACCUCCUCCUCGAGCAGUUUUACAUUGCGCAGAGCGUCCGGAAGGCUGUCGCGAUCGCCGAGCCCGAAGAAGUCGAGCCCCACGUGUUUGAAAUCAGUACGGUGCAGGACACGUCGUUCGUGCUCGACAAGGCCUUUGCCCGCGCAAACCAGAGCUCGCACUACCACACGGUGCUGGCGAUCGUGAUUGCGAUCGUGGAAGCGCUCGACGGAACGUUCAUGCCGUCGAUUCUAGCGCUACCAGAUCGCAGCUUUGAACUGCCGCUGCCGGUGGCGUCGCCCCGAGCGACCACCGAGCCCGCGGAGAUGUCGACGGGCGACGAUGAAAAAUCGUUUGGCGACGCGCUCUUGGAGGUUGUCGAGAUGGACCUUACGGCGCAGCUGCAGCGCCAGGCCAAGAUGAUGAUGGCCAUCAAUUCGGCGCACAAGAGCUCGGCGUACGUCGAUACGCUGCAUGCGCGCCUCGAAGAGGGCUCGUUUCCUCCCUACCCGCCGCUCCUCGAGUGCCUUCCGAAGGCACUGAGCGAAUUGCAAGCCGACGUCGGCCAAGUCAUUACAAUCGGCACGCAAGAGCUGUACGCGAUCCAGCUCCAGGCCAAAUUGCGCGGGUUCUUUGAAGCGUCGAUAUCGCAGUGGCAGUUUGAGCUCGAUUUGGACUCGUUCGAGUACUUUGACGUGCACGACUCGCCGCUGCUUCGCCUCGUCCAUCAGGUGCUGCGAGAAAAAGCCCUCCGGCGCUUCCGACGCGGCCUCAACAGCGUGACCUUUGAGCGGCUCUGGCGCGCGGUAGUCACCGACCUCUGCCAGUGGAUUGAAGACGGGAUUCAAACCAAGCAGUUUAACGAGUGGGGCGCCAUGCAGCUGGACCGUGACGUGCGGAGCGUCAUGCAGCUCUGCGCCAAGUUUCCCACCGAGCCCAUCAGUCUCCUGGCCGAAUUCACGCGCCUGGACCAGAUUGUGCUCCUCGUCAACAUGGUCCAAGCCAGCGACGUGCUCGAGUACGAUAGCAUCCGGUCGACGUUGUCGGUGGCGGAAAUUGAAGCCCGCCUCACGCUGCGCUUCCGAAAAGCAGCAUUGGCCAGGUCGUACAGCAACUGCACGCCACGUCGCCUUCGGGUUGAUCGCAAAAUUCGACAACCGACUCGACCACGGACCAAUAUAUAAAGAGGCUUGUUGAUCGCCGA